AUGUCGGACAAGAAGAAUGAAGACUUUGUAGUGCGGAUGCCCGAGGGCGGUGCCUUCGAAAGCGAAAAGGACCCCUUCCUGACCAGGACCAAUUCCCACCGAGCUCGUCAAGAUGCGGGCCUGACUGCCGUCUACUCCAAGCUCGACAACAGCCCGGGAAUCUCUAUUCUUGCCUACUGCCUGUCGUCGAUCAGCAUGACUGUUGUCAACAAAUACGUUGUCUCGGGAUCGGCAUGGAAUCUCAACUUCUUCUACCUUGCAGUUCAGUCUAUCGUCUGUAUAGUGGCGAUCAUAUUUUGCAAGCAAAUAGGCGUGAUCAAGAACCUCGCUCCUUUCGACACAACAAAGGCAAAGAAAUGGUUCCCUGUCUCCCUGCUUCUCGUGGGCAUGAUCUACACCAGCACCAAGGCCCUCCAAUUCCUAUCCGUCCCGGUUUACACCAUCUUUAAGAACUUGACCAUCAUCGUCAUCGCUUACGGAGAGGUGCUUUGGUUCGGCGGCAGUGUCUUGCCGAUGGCCCUUCUCUCCUUCGGACUGAUGGUGCUCAGCUCGGUCAUUGCGGCCUGGGCUGAUAUCCAAGCCGCGAUUAACGGAGUCGGCUAUGCGCCCGAUGCCUCCGACACCCUCUCGACCUUGAAUGCCGGAUACGCGUGGAUGGGCAUGAAUGUCUUCUGCACGGCCGCGUAUGUCCUCGGUAUGCGCAAGGUCAUUAAGAAGAUGAACUUCAAGGACUGGGAUACCAUGUUCUACAACAACCUUCUCACCAUCCCUGUUCUCAUUAUCUGCUCCCUCAUUGCUGAGGACUGGUCCAGCGAGAAUCUGAGCAAGAAUUUCCCGCUGGAAACUCGCAAUGCCCUGCUCAUCGGCAUGAUCUACUCGGGCCUUGCCGCCAUCUUCAUCUCCUACUGUUCGGCGUGGUGCAUCCGAGUAACGUCGUCGACCACCUACUCCAUGGUUGGAGCCUUGAACAAGCUUCCCAUUGCCGUCAGCGGCCUUAUCUUCUUCGACGCGCCCAUCACGUUUGGCAGCGUCUCAGCCAUCAUCGUCGGCUUCUUCAGCGGUCUUGUUUUCGCCUGGUCCAAGAUCCCGGCGAAGAAGAAUCUCUUGCCCACCUCUCAGCCCGUGAUGAGCGCGAGCUCUCAGAGCAACAGGGAUGCCAACUCGUGA